AUGACGGCAUCUCAUGGCGGAGAUGACAUGGCGAGGUCAGUGAGCCAAAGGUUCAGUUUAUCGGCAUCAAGUAGGAACUGGGCUUCAGCUAGCCUUAGAGAUGCUUUCGCCGGAGCACCUGGAGGUGACACUUUUGAAAAAACUGGAAUACAAGAUGAUGAAGAUGAACUCAAACUUGCUGCCAUUGAGAGACUCCCUACCUAUGAAGGAUCAAAGAAAGAAAUGUUGAAACAAGUUCCUGACAAUGGAAGAACUCACACCCCCAAUACUGGUCCUCUGGAUAAGAAGCAUCCUAUGGAGAGUGCACUUAAAAUUGUCGAAGAAGAUAAUGAGACUUUUCUUCGUCGUCUUCGAGAAAGAACUGAUAGGGUUGGGAUUGAAACUCCAAAGAUUGAAGUUCGUUACAAGAAUCUAUCGAUUGAAGGAGAUGUAUUCAUAGGGUCGAGGGCACUUCCAACUUUGUUGAAUGCCACCCUUAAUGCCAUAGAGGGAUUUCUCCAAGUCAUUAGGCUUGUUCCAUCCAACAAACAAGUUCUUAAAAUAUUGCAAGAUGUGAGUGGAAUCGUUAGACCAUCGAGGAUGACACUACUUCUUGGACCUCCAAGCUCCGGGAAAACAACCUUUCUGAAGACACUUGCUGGAGUACAUGAAAAGGAUCUAACAUUAACAGGAGAAGUUACUUAUUGUGGCCAUAAAAUGUCCGAGUUCAUUCCUCAGAGAACUUGUGCAUAUAUCAGACAACACGAUGUCCACCAUGGUGAGAUGACUGUUAGGGAGACGUUUGAUUUUGCUGGACGUUGCCUUGGUGUAGGAACAAGAUACGACCUUCUUUCUGAACUUGUGAGACGCGAGAAAAUAGCAGGGAUUACACCAGACCCUGAUAUCGAUGCUUUCAUGAAAGCCACAUCAAUGGUUUGUCAAGAAUCAAGCGUGGUUACAGAUUAUGUUCUCAAGAUACUUGGAUUAGAUAUAUGUGCGGAUAUCAUGGUAGGUAACGAGAUGCGAAGAGGAAUCUCUGGUGGCCAGAAGAAACGUGUCACUACUGGAGAAAUGCUGGUAGGGCCUGCGAAAGUAUUUUUCAUGGAUGAAAUUUCGACUGGUUUGGAUAGUUCAACUACUUAUCAGAUUGUUACGUAUAUGAAACAAAUGGUUCAUAUCAUGGAUGUGACCAUGAUUGUCUCGCUUCUGCAACCUACACCUGAAACAUUCGAGUUAUUUGAUGACAUUAUACUCCUUUCAGAAGAAAGGAAAGGAGUAGCAGAUUUUUUACAAGAGGUUACUUCAAGAAAAGAUCAAGAACAGUACUGGUUCAAGAAAGAUGAACCCUAUCGCUUCAUCUCUGCACCUGAAUUCGCUCAUCUAUUCAGUCGAUCUUUACUUGGAGAGGCUCUUUCUCAUGAUCUUGAAAGUAAUUACGAGAAAACCAGUGUGCAUCGUGCUGCUUUGGUGAAAGAAAAGUAUGAUUACAGUCAUGUCGAUUUUGCAUUCACUGUGUUCUUUAGAACAACCAUGAAAAGUGGUCAGCUCAGAGAUGGUGGAAAAUAUAUGGGAGCAUUGUUCUUUAGUCUCCUUACUGUGAUGUUUAAUGGUGCUGCUGAGCUGGCGCUCACAGUUAUGAGGCUUCCUGUCUUCUUCAAACAAAGAGAUUCUUUGUUUUACCCCGCAUGGGCGUUCGCCCUCCCCAUUUGGCUUUUGAAGAUUCCCAUAUCAGUCGUGGAGUCUGUCAUAUGGAUUCUUAUGACAUAUUACACCAUUGGGUUUGCUCCUUCAGUUAGCAGGUUUUUUAAACAACUUUUGGCUUAUAUCUGCGUUCACCAAAUGGCUUUGCGUCUCUUUCGAUUUCUUGCUUCCCUUGGGAGAAUACAGGUGGUUGCUAGUGCUCUUGGUACCUUUACACUGCUAUUAGUUUUUGUGUUCGGUGGAUUCAUCGUAGCAAAAGAUGACAUUGAGCCAUGGAUGAUAUGGGGCUAUUACGCUUCACCCAUGAUGUAUGGACAGAAUGCCAUCAUGCUCAAUGAGUUUUUAGACGAUAGAUGGAACACUCCGAAUCCUGACCCACGAAUUAAUGAACCUACCGUAGGAAAGGUUCUUCUUAGUUCAAGAGGCAUGUUCAUGAACGACUAUAUGUUUUGGGUUUGUGUUGGUGCACUCUGUGCGUAUUCACUGCUCUUUACUAUCUUCUUCAUUUUAGCACUCACUUACUUGAAUCCUCUUAAAGAUUCAAAAACUGUUGUUCCAACUGAAGAUGAAGAAAUUCAGCUCCCAACAUCACCCACAGACCAAGAAAUGUCAAGAAGGAAGGCAAAUGGGUCUAAAAGGAAAGGAAUGGUGCUUCCAUUUAAGCCAUUGUCACUUGCAUUUAAUCAUGUCAAUUACUAUGUAGACAUGCCUGCAGAAAUGAAAGCUCAAGGACUCGAGGAUGAUCAUCUACAACUUCUACGAGAUGUAAGUGGUGCCUUUAGACCAGGUAUUUUGACAGCUUUAGUUGGUGUUAGUGGUGCCGGAAAGACUACUUUGAUGGAUGUUUUAGCCGGAAGAAAGACUGGUGGCUACAUUGAAGGGAAUAUCAGCAUUUCCGGUUACCCUAAGAAUCAAGCAACAUUUGCUCGUGUCAGCGGAUACUGUGAACAAAAUGAUAUCCAUUCUCCACACGUUACAGUUUAUGAAUCUCUUGUGUAUUCUGCAUGGCUUCGUCUCCCUCCUGAUGUAACUCAUGAAUCACGACACAUGUUUGUGGAGGAAGUUAUGAAUUUGAUCGAGUUAAAUUCUAUAAGGAAUUCGCUAGUCGGGCUUCCAGGUGUAGAUGGUCUCUCGACUGAACAAAGAAAGAGACUCACAAUAGCCGUUGAGUUGGUUGCUAAUCCUUGUAUUAUCUUCAUGGACGAGCCCACAUCAGGGCUCGAUGCAAGGGCUGCAGCCAUUGUCAUGCGAACAGUCAGGAACACGGUUGAUACAGGUAGAACAGUUGUCUGCACGAUUCACCAACCAAGCAUCGACAUUUUUGAAGCGUUUGAUGAGCUUUUGUUGAUGAAAAGAGGUGGUCAGGUUAUUUACGCUGGACCUCUCGGACACCAUUCUGACCUACUAAUCGAAUACUUCCAAUCAAUUCCAGGGGUUACCGAGAUAAAAGAUGGUCAAAAUCCAGCGACAUGGAUGCUUGAUGUCAGUUCUUCCAUGGUUGAAGCUCAUCUUGGUAUUGAUUUUGCAACAAUCUAUGCUAAUUCAGAACUGUAUAGGAGGAACCAGGAGCUCAUAAAGGAGCUGAGCACACCAGCACCAGGAUCCCAAGACCUCCAUUUUAAGACAAAGUACUCACAAUCGUUUUUCACACAAUACAAGGCCUGUUUUUGGAAACAACGUUUGUCCUACUGGAGGCAUCCACAAUACAAUGUUGUUCGGUUCUUGAUGACAACCAUAAUCGGGAUUAUUUUCGGGAUAAUCUUCUGGAACAAAGGCCAACAAACGAGUCGGCAACAAGAUCUGAUGAACAUGUUGGGAGCAAUGUAUGCUGCUGUUAUGUUUCUUGGAGGAACCAAUACUUCUUCUGUACAAGCUGUGGUAUCCAUUGAAAGAACCGUUUUCUAUCGCGAAAAAGCUGCAGGGAUGUAUUCGCCACUCCCAUAUGCAUUUGCUCAGGUUGCAAUCGAGGUGACUUAUGUUUGCAUUCAAACGUUCAUUUACAGUCUUCUACUUUUCUUGAUGAUUGGAUUCGCAUGGUCAGCUAGAAAGUUCUUUUGGUUCUACUUCUUUGUGUGUAUGUGCUUCACUUACUUCACAUUAUACGGGAUGAUGCUUGUAGCCCUCACUCCAAACUACCACAUAGCUGCCAUUACCAUGUCCUUCUUCCUCAGUUUCUGGAACUUGUUCUCUGGCUUCCUUAUCCCUAGAACACAAAUUCCGAUAUGGUGGAGGUGGUAUUACUGGGGUUCUCCAGUGGCAUGGACUCUGUAUGGGCUUAUUACAUCUCAAGUUGGUGAAAAUGAGAACCUUGUUGAAGUUCCUGGAGCUGGUUCCAUGUCUGUGAAGGUGUUCAUCAAGAGUUUCUUGGGAUAUGAUUAUGAUUUUCUUCCGUAUGUUGCAAUGGCUCAUGUUCUUUGGGUUGUUCUCUUCUUUAUUGUCUUUGCUUGUGGAAUCAAAUUUCUUAAUUUUCAAAAACGAUAG